CUUUUGUGCUUUCAGGGUCACUGGUUGACAUUUCUUUGUUUUGGGCCAUACCCUUUCUAUUGGUUGUUUGGAGACUCCAUGCCUCUACAUGUGAGACCUACAAUUUCUCUUUUUGAAAAAUAAGCAACCACUCUUGGAAUUUUAUCUUCUUUUUAUAAUUGGAUGCCUAUAAAAAUGUUCCACAAGAAAUGUCAGAGACUCAAAGGUUAUUUAUAUUCAAUUCAAAGGGGUUAUCUUAUAUAAAUGCAUUAAAAGCUCAGGCCAUCAAAAGCACCAAAUCUUAUCAAAUUCUGCUUUUUGGUUCCCGUCUUCAUCUUCUUCAUUAUGGGUGAACUACACAGAUUUAUGCUUCAUCAACCAUGUUCAGCUACACUGCACCAAGACUUCCAUGAAGAAUUAGAUCAUUGGACGAUCACCAAGGGAGUUGAUCAGUACAACGUUGCAUCUUCAACAUCUUCAUUUGAAGAUUCAACGAUUUCGAGUGAAUCACUAUCUUCAUCAGACUUGGCAGACGAUGCGUGUUCAUCCACUUCAAAUUCUUCGUCUCAAUCUAAUGGCCCAUUGGAGGAUUUCACAGAUCUUUCUGCUCAACUCCCAAUCAAGAGAGGACUAUCAAUGUUCUAUCAGGGAAAGUCUCGGUCUUUUGCAUCUCUGUCAAGUGUAAAGAGUAUAGAAGACAUUCCAAAGAAGCCAAAUCCAUACGGCAGGAGAUUGAAUACAUGUAAGAGCUAUGCAGGUGGCUUGGACAUCCACAAGUCUUCCUAUACCCUUCCAAAGGCUCCAACUUUUAAGAAGGCAUCAAAGAGCUCUCUGUCUUUUGUCCAAGUAAGGAGAGGCAGUAAUUUGGCUGGUUGUAGACCUCCUCCCAUUCCUAUAUAUGAUGAGAGCUUUUGAUCUUUGAUCACUUCCAAGUUCCAACAUUAAAUUGGCCAUUUAUUUCCACUUAACUUUUGCUUGUACAAUAGAAAUGAAAAUGAAAAUCAUGUAGCUGGCUUUAUAGCCAAUUUUUACUCUCUCAGCAUUGAUGAGAGUUUCUCAUAGAAACUACUACAUUUCAUUCAAUUA